AUGGCGAAAGGAGAUCUUCAUCGAUCUUCUGUAGACAAUGGCAUUGUCCGCAAUAGACUGAAUGAGUUAACAGACACUAGAACACAUGAACUUGAACACAAUUACCGCCAGAAUAGACUGAAUGAGUUAACAGACACUAGAACACAUGAACUUGAACACAAUUACCGCCAGACUAGACUGAAUGAGUUAACAGACACUAGAACACAUGAACUUGAACACAAUUACCGCCAGAAUAGACUGAAUGAGUUAACAGACACUAGAACACAUGAACUUGAACACAAUUACCGCCAGACUAGACUGAAUGAGUUAACAGACACUAGAACACAUGAACUUGAACACAAUUACCGCCAGACUAGACUGAAUGAGCUAACAGACACUAGAACACAUGAACUUGAACACAAUUACCGCCAGACUAGACUGAAUGAGCUAACAGACACUAGAAAACACGAACCUGAACACAAUUACCGCCAGACUAGACUGAAUGAGCUAACAGACACUAGAACACAUGAACUUGAACACAAUUACCGCCAGACUAGACUGAAUGAGCUAACAGACACUAGAACACAUGAACUUGAACACAAUUACCGCCAGACUAGACUGAAUGAGUUAACAGACACUAGAACACAUGAACUUGAACACAAUUACCGCCAGACUAGACUGAAUGAGCUAACAGACACUAGAACACAUGAACUUGAACACAAUUACCGCCAGACUAGACUGAAUGAGUUAACAGACACUAGAACACAUGAACUUGAACACAAUUACCGCCAGAAUAGACUGAAUGAGUUAACAGACACUAGAACACAUGAACUUGAACACAAUUACCGCCAGACUAGACUGAAUGAGCUAACAGACACUAGAACACAUGAACUUGAACACAAUUACCGCCAGACUAGACUGAAUGAGUUAACAGACACUAGAACACAUGAACUUGAACACAAUUACCGCCAGACUAGACUGAAUGAGCUAACAGACACUAGAACACAUGAACUUGAACACAAUUACCGCCAGAAUAGACUGAAUGAGUUAACAGACACUAGAACACAUGAUUUUGAACACAAUUACCGCCAGACUAGACUGAAUGAGCUAACAGACACUAGAACACAUGAACUUGAACACAAUUACCGCCAGACUAGACUGAAUGAGCUAACAGACACUAGAACACAUGAACUUGAACACAAUUACCGCCAGACUAGACUGAAUGAGCUAACAGACACUAGAACACAUGAACUUGAACACAAUUACCGCCAGACUAGACUGAAUGAGUUAACAGACACUAGAACACAUGAACUUGAACACAAUUACCGCCAGACUAGACUGAAUGAGCUAACAGACACUAGAACACAUGAACUUGAACACAAUUACCGCCAGACUAGACUGAAUGAGCUAACAGACACUAGAACACAUGAACUUGAACACAAUUACCGCCAGACUAGACUGAAUGAGCUAACAGACACUAGAACACAUGAACUUGAACACAAUUACCGCCAGACUAGACUGAAUGAGCUAACAGACACUAGAACACAUGAACUUGAACACAAUUACCGCCAGACUAGACUGAAUGAGCUAACAGACACUAGAACACAUGAACUUGAACACAAUUACCGCAAGACUAGACUGAAUGAGCUAACAGACACUAGAACACAUGAACUUGAACACAAUUACCGCCAGAAUAGACUGAAUGAGUUAGCUAAAAGACACUAG